UGACACUGGACAGGAAAUAAUGUCAAUGUAAAUAAUGUCCUUUCUACAACAGUUUGUAGUCGAGUAGAAUUGUGCAACCAAGAGCUGCUGAGGAACUGACAGGUCAGCAUCAUUUAUGAGUUCAUUACAGACCCAACACUAAUUCCUUCCUGCCAAAUGAUUAGAGUUAAGAGUAAAUUAGAAUAAAGAACUCAGGGCCACUUUUUCUUUUUUAGUGCACUAUUUUGUCCUGAACUGUACCUUUGGCUUCGUGUGUUUGUGUUUCUUUAUUUAUUAACCUUAAGUAAACUCUGCACUUACACACAUCCUGCUGAUAUGGAGUGUUUUUUUCUGGAAGUGUGUGUGAUGUCAUUCGCUCCAAACCUCUUCCUGCUCUAUUUAAACCUGAGCAUCUGCUUCAGAUCAGAGAUUUUAAAUCAAAUUUCAGAAUAAUGUCCAUGAUGAAGAGGUCGGUGUUUGUGGGUUUUGUCCUGCUUGCUCUUGUCCCUAUGAUCCAUGCUGCCUGCUGGCAUCAACUGAACAAAUUUGAUGCGACUCAUUGUCAAGACAAUGUGGACAAGACGUGGCACCCGGUCGGAUCCAGAUGGACAAACAGCCAGUGUGCAAAGUGCAGUUGCUCUGUGAAUGAGAUUCGCUGCUGUGACGGAUGGCCAACACAUGUGUCUGGAGGCUGCAGCAUUAAAUAUGAUUAUAAAACCUGUACAUAUGAAUUGAUUUAUCCGGAUAGAAAUAGCCCCUGUAUGGGAAGUGGAUAGAGAUUAUUAAGAUGAGAUAAAAAAAAAAAAAAAAAAAAAAAAAGAGAUAAAAACAACUGCAGAAUUAAACCACAGAAGUACAAAUACAACAUGAUGAUGACUUUGAACAUAAAUAUAAUAAAGAUUUACUUACUGAU